AUGCUGCGUAUCAGCUUUCUUCAAUUGCUCUUUGUGACACUUCUCGCUCUGUCUGCGAUCUUCGCAGUAGAGGCGGUGCCCGGGACCUCGAAAAGUGAGUCUCUCCAAGAAGGGCCUGCCGACAUUAAGGCAGUCAAGCUCCAUGAUGCUCUGCAUGCUCUCUCCGCCAAAUUUCGUCAUGGAAUCUUCCCGACUGACCUUCAAGCCGCUGAGGCUCUGCAAGCUGAAGAACCCACCAUUGCCAGCCUUGUCAAGCUCGCCAAGCGCCAGGAUAAUGUCACUGCCAGCCCUGAUGCAACCUCAGCCUCAGUUCCUACUGUGACUACUACUAGCACCGAAUCAACCUCUGAGCCCACCACCACCUCAGCUGCUGAGACCACUCAAACCAGCCAGACCAGUGAGACCACCUCGGCUUCUACCACUGAGUCGACUACCAGCGCUCAGCCAACCGUCACCUCGGCCAGCUCUACCAGCUCUAGCAGCGAGACCAGCGCCAGUGAGACCAGCUCUACUAGCUCUACCAGCUCUGCACCUGUCACCACCGAGACCUCCACCACAGUCUCGACCGAGACCACUGCUCAGCCGACCACUACCACCACUACGUCUUCGACUGCCCAGACGACUCAAGUCGAGACCACCAGUGUUCCCUCGACCCUGUCGACUGCCCGGAGCACUUCGUCCACCUCGACUACCUCAACCACCAGCCAGCAAUCGACUACCUCUGCCCAGACCACCGAGCACACCAGCCUGAGCACUUCCACCUUCAAGAGCACGACCACCAUGCCCGAUGGCAGCCUGAGCACCAUCACCUCUAUUACGGUGAUCACCCCAUCGGCAACCGGCAAAGCCUCAGCCGCCACCACUGCGGGCAAGCCCGGUCUGCAGACUAACGCUGCCGCGCUGCCUACCGGCAUGGCCCGUGAGGUUUUCGUCAUGGUCGGCGGCGCCGUCGUGGUCGCAAUGGCUCUGUAA